GCAGUAUAAUAUCUCACCACUAGGGGGCGGUGUAAGUUUCCCGGGGCGGUAGUUUCCUGCAGCACCACCGGAAGUGAAGCAGCAGCAUCGUAAACAUGGCUGACAGUGGAGUGACAGAUGGACCUGAAAGUAAAGAUGACAUUCAACGAGCAAAGACUGAAGGCAAAGAGCUGUCCAAAGAGGAGAAGCAACGGAUGAGGAAAGAGAAGAAACAUCAGAAGAAGAACAAAGAGAAAAAAGAUGAACAGGCUCCACAGGAAAGCGAAAAGAAGAAGAAGAAAGAAGAGAAGUCUGUCAGUUCUCAGCCUCCAACACAACCCUCACAGAAAGCAGUGCCCGCUCCUGCACCGGUUCCUGUGCCUGCCUCAGAACCUCAGCCACCUAAAAGUAAAGCAGACUUGAAAGCUGAGAGGAGAGCUCGGCAAGAGGCUGAGAGGGCCUCCAAGGGCAAGAAGGGAGACGUGGGACAGCCGGCCGCUACAAGCAAACCUAAAGCACCGACUAGUGAGCUGCAGCCAGUGGUGAAGAGGCUCCCAGAACAUGUCCAAGUGGACAACCCGGACGUUUUAAAGAAACUGGCGAAGAAAUUGGAAAGACAGCAGACACCAGGGUGCAAUGCUGCUGCAAAUGUAAAGAUCCCACUCCGGUCGGACUACGGCUACAAAGUCAGCCUGUUUUCUCAUCUCCACCAGUACAGUCGCAACGCCCCUCUAACACAGCAACUCAGCAUUCCCUCUACAGUGAUUCAUCCUGCUAUUGUUCGCCUGGGUCUCCAGUAUUCACAGGGCAUUUUGGCCGGAUCCAACGCUCGAUCUGUCGCCCUGCUGCAUGCCUUCAAACAGGUAAUAAGGGACUAUACUACGCCCCCAAAUGAGGAGCUAUCUAGAGACUUGGUCAACAAGCUGAAACCUUAUAUCAGUUUUUUGAAUCAAUGUCGCCCUCUGUCAGCCAGCAUGGGUAAUGCAAUCAAAUACAUCAAGAAAGAGAUCUCCAAUAUUCCUAGUCAAUGCAAAGAAGAAGAGGCAAAGAGACAUCUGCUGAGCUGUAUCGAGUGCUACAUUAAUGAGAAGAUCGUCCUUGCUGCUAAAGCUAUUGCCAAGUACUCCAUAGAAAAGAUCAGUGAUGGGGAUGUCAUCCUAGUUUAUGGAUGCUCGUCGCUGGUCAACCACAUCCUGUGCGAGGCCUUUGAGAAAAACAGGAAGUUCCGUGUGAUCGUGGUGGACAGCAGGCCUCGACUGGAAGGCCGGGAGGCUCUGAGGCGCCUCGUCCAGAAAGGCAUCAGCUGCACCUACGUCCUUAUCUCGGCUGUCUCCUACAUCCUUCCAGAGGUAUCUAAGGUGUUCCUCGGUGCUCACGCCCUGCUGGCCAACGGUUACGUCAUGUCUCGCGUGGGGACGUCGCAGAUAGCUUUGGUGGCCAGAGCCUUUAACGUGCCUGUGCUGGUGUGUUGUGAGACCUACAAGUUUUGUGAGAGGGUGCAGACGGAUUCCUUCGUGUCCAAUGAACUAGAUGACCCCGAUGACCUCAUCGUGACCCGUAAAGGGAAGACCCAGCUCGAGCACUGGCAGGAAGUGAAGUCACUUGGCCUGCUUAACCUGGUGUAUGACGUGACGCCGCCUGAUUUCGUGGACUUAGUCAUCACAGAUCUGGGAAUGAUCCCGUGCACCUCGGUCCCGGUGGUGCUGCGAGUCAAAAACGUGGACCAGUGAACGACCUUCCGGCUCAGAGGCGGUUUCUCUGUGUUUUCGAUUGGGGGGAAGUUUGUGAGCUCGGAUGCUCGCACACAACACAAAAUAUCGUGCUUAGAGCAUGCAAUAAAUAUAUAUCUGAAAUGGCAUAAGCUUUUUAAA